AUGCCCCAGCUAUCGGAUCCUUCCGGCUUUGACUACUGUCAGGAUAUCAGUCCUCCGUACUUUGUCUUCAUCGCUUUGAUCCUCAAUCCAAUUUUCGAAGCAGCUAAAGAACCAAUUAUCAUCGACAUGGGACGGAUUCUUCAACCACUUUCACUGUGGUUAUUUUUGCUGACCAUAGUACACACUGGCAUUUCAUCGCCUACUGAGCAGGAUCAGCGUGUAGCAUCAGUACGAGAUCUUCUAGUGCAUCUGAGCCGCUCUCGACAGCUGCUCGUACUUACUUGCUGGUCACCGUCCGUACGUUAUGCCCUGUGGCAAACUACUAGCAAUGACCGUUUUGUUCGCUUUGCCCCAGUUGACAAGCGGCAUCUUCCCUGGCAUGAUCGUAAUCAGCAUCAAAUCGUAAUUGUAAUCGAUCUUUCCUGCCCCGGGACGGAUGUGUUGCUGAACAGUGCAAAUCAAUUGCUGUACUAUCGUGUCCGUUGGAUUGUACUUCAAAGCACACUUGAAGUGCGAACUGUUAAAGGGUGGAAAAGCUGUACCGAAUAUCGAUUGUUCAAUGAACUUCCGCUGUUGGUAAGCAAUGAGUUAUAUUAUUACUGCACUGAUCCCGUAACGGGCCGCCAUUUGGUGCGACAACAGUAUCGACUGUCGACUGAAAGCUCUCCACAACCGGUGUACGAAACGUUUGGCAUAUGGGAACCGCAUUCAGGAGUUCGCGUGGAAUCGUCUACCGUAAGGACUCCGGUAACAUCGAUCAGAAGGCAAAAUUUUCACCAGUUUCAAUUACGUGCCUCGCUGGUCAUUCUGCACAAUGAAACGCUCAACCAUCUGGAUGAUCUUCACGAUAAGCAUAUUGAUACGAUUUCCCGUGUGAACUAUCUGCUCACGAAAUCCGUCGCUCACGCACUGAAUGCGACGGUCAGGUUUAGCAUCGUAGACACGUGGGGAUAUCGAGAUCCGCAAACAGAUCGCUACAACGGAAUGGUCGGUGAGCUGCAAAGUGAUCUGGCCGAUCUGGGCGGAACGUCCAUGUUCUUCACGCAAGAUCGCAUCAAAGCGGUAGACUUCCUGUCGAUGACUGCUUCGACGCGAGCUAGCUUUGUGUUUCGGGCACCCAAACUAUCCUUCACCGACAACGUGUUUGUGCUGCCGUUCGAUCAGUACGUCUGGUAUUGUACGGUAAGCUUCAUUCUGCUGUCCGGACUGUUGCUGCUGGUGGUGCUGCGUACUGAGCGUCGGUACAAUGUAAGCUCCGGGGCGGAGGAUAACAACACCAACACCGUAACCGGCCUGUCCGACACGCUGCUGAACGUGUUCGGUACAACCUGCCAGCAGGGUUCGUUUAUUGAACCGAAAACGGCCCCAUCGCGAUGUCUCAUACUACUGUGUUUGGUGGUGCUGAUGUUCCUAUAUGCCAGCUAUUCGGCCAACAUUGUUGCACUGAUUCAAUCACCCUCGACGAAGAUACAAACGUUGGAAGACUUGUUGGCAUCGCGGUUAAAAACCGGCGCAGAAGAUACGGUCUACAAUCAGUACUACUUUCGGCACGAAACGGAACCCAUCCGUAAAGCGCUCUACGAACGCAAGAUGCGAAAUAAAGAUGGGACGGAAAAUUUUCUCCCACUAGCCCAGGGUGUUGAGCUCGUACGGCAAGGGCACUACGCGUUUCAUGUCGAAAAGGGUGUCUGCUACAAGCUCAUCAGCGAAACGUUUCAGGAGGAAGAAAAGUGUGGUCUACAGGAAGUGGAAUACCUGAAAGUAAUUGAACCGUACUAUGCGGUGCAAAAGAACAGCUCAUUCCGUGAACCGGUACGUAUUAAUCUGUUUAAGUUGCGCGAGUUUGGCAUACAGGGUCGGGAAAAUACCCUGCUAUACACCAAGAAGCCACGGUGCGUUGGUGGCAGUAGCUUCAUUCCGGUGUCGAUCGUUGAUGUUUGGCCCGCGCUGGUAACGCUUGGCUGGGGCUAUUUUCUCACACUAGCGAUGCUGAUCGGUGAACAGUUUUGGGUGCGUGUGCGUGAUCGGAUAUUGCCGGCCGAUGGGUACUUUCAGCAGUAG